GUAUCUGAAAAUUCAAUCGACGUCGUUUUCCCAGAAAUAAAGAAGAAAAAGUAGGAUCAUGGCGAUGAUCAUGGCUUCAAGGUUUAACCGCGAAGCUAAGCUCGCAUCUCAAAUCUUGUCUACACUUUUGGGAAAGCGAAGCUGCAACACAUCCAUGGCCGCUGCAUCUUCCUCUGCUUUGCUCCUUAAUCCGUUGACUUCUUCUUCUUCUUCUAGUCUCCGUCGUUUCAGAUGCUCGCCGGAGAUCUCUUCUCUCUCAUUCUCCUCCGCUCGUGUAACAGCUUCAGAUUUCUCUCUAGCGAUGAAGAGGCAGAGUCGGAGUUUUGCGGAUGGCUCGGAACGAGAUCCGUCUGUUGUGUGUGAGGCUGUUAAGCGCGAGACUGGAGCUGAUGGACUCAAGAUCGCUGAUAAUGUGUCUCAGCUCAUUGGGAAAACUCCUAUGGUGUACUUGAAUAGUAUAGCAAAGGGUUGUGUAGCUAAUAUUGCUGCCAAACUCGAGAUCAUGGAGCCAUGUUGCAGUGUCAAGGAUAGGAUUGGGUACAGUAUGGUUACAGAUGCUGAGCAAAAAGGACUUAUCUCACCUGGGAAGAGUGUUCUUGUGGAACCUACUAGUGGAAACACGGGUAUUGGCCUAGCAUUCAUCGCUGCUUCAAGAGGCUAUAGACUUAUCUUGACAAUGCCAUCAUCCAUGAGUAUGGAAAGAAGGGUUCUUUUAAAGGCAUUUGGAGCUGAGCUUGUAUUAACAGAUCCCACUAAAGGCAUGACUGGCGCAGUUCAGAAGGCUGAAGAAAUUUUGAAAAACACUCCUGAUGCCUACAUGCUCCAACAGUUUGACAACCCUGCGAAUCCAAAGAUUCAUUAUGAGACUACUGGUCCUGAGAUCUGGGAAGAUACAAAGGGCAAGGUGGAUAUAUUUGUUGCAGGAAUUGGAACUGGUGGAACUAUCACUGGUGUUGGUCGAUUUAUUAAAGAGAAAAAUCCCAAAACGCAGGUUAUUGGUGUAGAACCCACCGAAAGCGAUAUACUUUCUGGUGGCAAACCGGGACCUCACAAGAUUCAAGGAAUUGGAGCUGGAUUUAUACCUAAGAAUUUGGAUCAGAAAAUUAUGGAUGAAGUCAUAGCGAUUUCAAGUGAGGAAGCUAUAGAAACCGCAAAGCAACUAGCUCUUAAGGAAGGCUUGAUGGUUGGUAUAUCAUCUGGAGCUGCAGCUGCUGCUGCAAUCAGGGUCGCGAAGAGACCUGAGAAUGCUGGAAAACUCAUAGCUGUUGUUUUCCCGAGCUUCGGGGAGCGAUAUCUAUCAACCCCGCUGUUCCAGUCUAUCCGGGAAGAGGUGGAGAAAAUGCAGCCUGAGGUAUGAACAUUAGCAAGUUGGUCUACUUCUGCAAAUCUCUUUCUUCCAUAAUUACAGUCUGAGUGCUAAGCAAUAUAUUUUCAUCAAUAAGGCAUUAGUGAAAGU